AUGUCGCGCAUCCAGAUCCCUCUCGAUGUCCUUACAUCGCGUCUGAACCUCUCAGAUCGUUUCGCCAGCGUGCGAUCGCAAUCUUUAGGUUCUAGAUUUGCAAACCUCAAGCCUGUCUCCGAGUUCCUUGAUUUCAAGAGGCUGUCGAAGCCAGCCAAUUUCACUGAGAUCCAGUCAAGAGUUAACUACAACUUGGGAUACUUCUCCAGUAACUAUGCCGUCGUAUUCACCAUGCUCAGCAUCUACAGCUUGCUGACGAACCUCUGGCUUCUCUUUGAUCUGAUUCUGAUCAUUGGUGGCAUCUGGGGUAUCGGCAAGCUUGGAGGAGCCGACUUGGACAUUGGUGUUUUCCGCGCCACCUCAUCCCAACUCUACACUGGUCUCCUGGUGAUCGCAGUUCCCCUCACGUUCUUCGCAGGACCAUUCUCCACACUUCUAUGGCUCAUCGGCGCAAGCGGAGUCAGCAUUCUUGGACACGCCUCGUUCAUGGACAAACCGAUCGAUGAGGCUUUUUCCGGGGAGGCGGUCUAG